GCAUUCUUCGCGUGUAUAAUGCCUUGCGCUUUGAUAUUCGGUAUCCUGCGCUUCUCCACCCCGUGAAAAUACAAGGACUCUACAACGCGAUCCACUGCAUCUCCUAAAUUUGUCACCUAACAGCUCAAACUAGAUAACGGACCAAUUAGGAUGCCAGCCUCCCCCGAAUGGAAAGAUACUACUGCGGUAGGGCUCUCGACCCUGCUAUUGUACUGCAAGACAACACUGACUCUCAUCAAGCACAAGAAGCCUACUGCUAGUGCUGAGACUUGCCAGUCGUCUCAUCAAAGGUGGGUUGGGUUGAAUGGAGCCGCUAGGCAACGAUUUUUGGAGGAGGAAGAUUUUUCCAAGACGAACGAGGAUGGGGUCGUUCGAAUUAGGCAUGUAAGGCUUAUAACGCCAUCAGCUGCUGCUCCAUCGACUGAGUGAUAGAAGGGAACCAACACGGUGAACGAUUUGGUGCAGGACGGCUCGGCACCGACCGGCGCCACAAGCAUGCCUGGGCGCUUCAAUACAACCAAGGAGUGCAAAAGUCUCGCCCUUGAGAGCACCGUUCUGCGAGACGAAGAUAUCCAAGCUGCCCACGUCAAGCCUAGCAUUGUGGAUACUCAGAAUGACCGAGACUCAGACGAAGAAAGACUCCAAGCCGAAAUUGAUGCUGACCUAGGCGGCAUCCAAAAGGCUGUUCAACGACUGAAAGAACGGGCACUCGAGAUCUCAAGAGACGUCGGAGGUCCCGUGUAUGAUUUGGAAGGGCAGGGAAGGAAGACUGAUCGAACAGAUGACAAGGUGCUUAGGAACCAGGCUAAGUUGGAUAGACUCCGGUGAAAUGAUAAACGACAGAAGACUUGACACUUCUUUUACGGUAUUGGUAGCCUUAAGCCAUGUUUACCGUAGAUUAUGUAUUCCUGUACCUAUCGUACACACGGUACCUCUACCAUGGGUAAGGUACGAAGGGUCCUCGAAGUUCUAGGCAGUAUGAGGAACUUAAUCCCCAAGAAAAAUAGGAAAUGGUCAUAGUAUAGCCUCUCCACGAGUCGAAUAUUGUUG